GUGAGAACCUCGCUGAAGCGAAAGGCCAAGCAAACGAUAAGACCAGACAAACAGGAGUUAAAGAGCCCGCCUCCGACGCCGGAAGCGUUUGCGUGCGUCGUGACGCCUCCGCCCACACAGGCCCGCCCGCUUCAAACAUGGCGGCGCUGGCUCCACGUGUGUCCGCACUGUCGGUCUACCGAUCUAUCCUCCCGACGGCAGAGCGGCCGCCGAGCCCAACGUGCCGCGUGGCUGUCUCAAUCGGACCCCGAGGCCGCCAGAAGCGUAAGAAGAAAGCGGCAGUGGAGGCUGCCAAUGUCGCUCCGGCAAAGAAGCAGAGGCUGGGUUUGAAGCCUGCGUCGCCGUCGCGAGGAAAGAAGAAAAAAAAGGUGAUUGGACUUCAACUCCCAGAAGCCCCAGCCAGCGUGUCCGGCAGCCUGGAACUCUGGGAAAAGAAGUCCAAACCAUUUGAAGGGGCAGGGCUUAAGAAUCACAAGGAAUCCUCACUGAGGCGGAAGAAGCGUGUGAGGUUUCAACUCCCUGAAGCUUCAGCCAGUGUAGCUAACUGCCAAGAGUUCUGGGAAAUAAAGUCCAAAACUGCAGGGGAAGAGCUUAAGCAGCAUAAAAGAUGCCUCUUAAGGCGGAAGAAGCAUUUAGGACUUCAACUCCCAGAAGCCCUAGCCAGUGUGGACAAUGGCAAAGAAUGCUGGGAAACAAAGUCCAAAAAAACUGAAGGUGAAACGCUUGAGAAGCAUAAGGGAUGUUCGUUGAGGCGCCUCCUCAAGGUCUUGGAGAAGGUCCCUCACAGCCGCCAGCGGGCCGCCAAGCUUUUCGAGUGGGUCCUGGCCCCCAUUCCGCCGCAGCACUUCUUUGACCAAUAUUGGGAGAAGAAGCCCCUCCUGAUCCAGAGGCACAACCCGAACUAUUACCGAGACCUGUUCUCCACCGCCGAGUUUGAUGCCAUCCUUCGCGACCAGGAUGUCCAGUUCGGCAUCAACUUGGAUGUGACCAGCUACCAGGAUGGGAAGCGGGAGACGUACAACCCGGUGGGCAGGGCUCUGCCAGCAGUCGUGUGGGACUUCUACCAGAACGGCUGCUCCCUGCGGAUGCUGAACCCGCAGGCCUUCUCCUCCACCGUCUGGCAUUUCCUCUCCAUCCUCCAGGAGCAGUUUGGCAGCAUGGUGGGAGCCAACACUUACUUGACCCCGGCCGGGACGCAGGGGUUUGCCCCUCAUUAUGACGACAUUGAAGCUUUUGUGAUCCAGCUGGAAGGGAAGAAGCAUUGGAGGGUGUACAGCCCCAGGAGGGAGGCCGAAGUGUUGCCUCCGUUUUCCAGUCGCAACUUUGACCAGGCAGAGAUUGGAGAGCCCAUUCUGGAAACAGUGUUAGAAGCCGGGGAUAUGUUAUAUUUCCCACGUGGGUUCAUCCAUCAAGGCGACUGCCUCCCCAACGCACAUUCACUCCAUAUAACGGUUUCCUCCUACCAGCGAAACAGUUGGGGGGACCUGCUGGAAAAACUCCUCCCCGCAGCUUUACAGAUGGCCAUCGAAGAGGAUGUGGAAUAUCGCCAAGGACUGCCUAUGGAUUACCUGGAAUACAUGGGAGUCCUGAACUCGGAUCGUGUUGAUCCACGCCGAGCUUCCUUUAUGCAAAAGGUCAGUCGGUUGAUAACAAAACUAACAGAUUAUGUGCCAGUUGAUGCUGCAGUUGACCAAAAAGCCAAGUGUUUUCUUCACGAUUGCCUUCCUCCAAUGCUGACUGAGAGCGAAAAGGCAUUAAGUGUAUAUGGACACCCAGCACGGUGGGAGGAUGGAAGUGUUCGAAAUGCUGAUGUCCAGGUCAAAGGAACAACAUGGGUACGGUUGCUUCGGCAUGGGAUUGUCAGACUGUGCAAUGAAGGAGACGCUGUAGUGUUGUAUUACACGACUGAAAAUUCAAGGGUGUACCACAAGGAGGAGCCCAAGUCCUGUGAAAUAGAACCCGAAUAUGCAGAGAGCAUUGAAUUCUUGCUAUCAUCUUAUCCAAAGUUUGUCAGUGUGGAAUCGCUUCCUUGUGCUACUUCGGAUGACAAGAUUGCCUUGGCCUCUGUUUUAUUUGAGAAAGGACUAUUGGCUACUAAGAACCCUCUACUAUCUGUUUGAUACAUGAUAAGAAAAGUAAAUGCAUUUUUCUCUUAUACUUACUAAUAGAUUUAGGAUACUCAUCCAAAUCUUUGAGAAGUUCCUGCUCGGCAACUGAGUUUGAUCUGGAGAAACAAAAGUUAAUCUCAUUUAAAAAAGAAGAAAUACUGUACCACCACCUGUCCAUUGAGCAUUUUACAACAUGCUGGUCAUCAUUUUUGUAUUUGAGUUGCAGGCCAAAAUAAGGCACUGAAGAAUUUCUCAUUAAUAAAGCUUAAAACAAGCAUA